CACGCUCUCUACCACUCUACUUCGGUAGCUGUGUAACCGUUGCAUCGCGGCGAUCUAGGAGCGGCCUCCCUCACCUCGUUUUUUCACUGUGCAAACAACUUCACUCUUUCCUUUGGUAAUUACUGGCAUCACUACUAUGAGCACCUACGAGAUGGAUGACAAGAAUGGCCAUGUCUCUCAUUCCCGCUCAGGCGCUGUCAAUGAAGAACUGGGUCCAGAAAGCAAUGCGACCUCUGACGAGGCCGUGUUGGCGAGGUUUGGCAAGCGUCAACAGCUGCGGAGAGGAUUCAGGGCGAUGUCAGCCGUUGGGUUAACAUGCGGCAUUAUGUUGACAUGGGAGGUCCUCAUCAUGACGCUUCAAUUUGGUCUGGAGAACGGCGGACCAGCCGGCUUGGUCUAUGGCUACAUCAUCGCUUGGAUCGGCGCUGGCCUACAGGCGCUUGUCAUGGCCGAAAUGGCCUCCAUGAUUCCAAUUGCUGGCGGUCCGUUCAAUUGGGUUGCUGUACUUGCUCCUGAUUACUGCCGCAAGUUUCUCUCUUAUCUCACGGGCUGGCUCAGCGUGCUGGCCUGGCAAUCUAUCGUUGCAAAUACUUGCUAUAUUUGUGGCACGCUGAUCCAAGGUUUGUUGGUCCUCAACUACCCCAGCUACCAUUUCCAGCGAUGGCACGGCACUUUGCUUUUUAUGGCCGUCUUGACGUUUGGACUCAUUGUCAAUACUUGGCUGGGUCGACUGCUGCCUCGAAUUGAAAGUCUAACGCUGCUGCUGUAUGUCAUGGGCUUUGUCGCUGUCUUGGUAACGCUAGUCUACCUGGCACCGCAUAAAAGCGCAGCCGAGGUUUUCACCACAUUCCAAAACUUAGGGGGAUGGAACUCUAUGGGCCUCUCCUUCUUCGUUGGUUUUAUUACAACCAUGGGUUCUUUUCUCGGUAUUGAUGGCGCAGAUCAUAUUGCCGAAGAGUGUCAGGAUGCUCAAAGGGUUGUCCCAAGAGCGAUGCUGUCGUCUAUUGGCAUCAAUGGUGCCAUGGGCUUCGGAAUCUUGCUCGCAGUUUUGUUCUGCAUGGGCGACCCCGAAGAAGCUGUUGUGUCUCCGACAGGAUUUCCGUUCAUUGAUAUUUUUGUUUAUGGCACUGGAAGCAUCUCCGGUGGAACAGGUUUGACCGCUAUUGUGCUCUCUAUCAAUAUCUUCUCGGUUACGGCCGUUCUUGCAACCGCGUCCCGAAUGCUCUGGGCCUUUUCCCGAGAAAAUGGCAUCCCAUUCUCGAAUAUAAUCGCUCGGGUCGACACCCGAACCCGCCUGCCACUCUACGCAAUCGGCGUCACUUGCGUUGUCAACGUAUGUCUCUCUUUAAUCAACAUCGGCUCCACCCAGGCGUUUCAGGCCUUUAUAUCACUUCUCAUCGCCAGUUACUAUUCGGCUUUCCUCAUCGCCGCCGGAGUCAUGCUUCGAAAGCGAUUGACUGGCGAGGAUAAGACUCUUCCAUGGGGUCCAUUUCGUUUAGGAAAGGCGGGUAUUCCAAUCACAGUGUUAGCUAUGCUGUAUACUAUCAUUGGGACCUUCUUUUCAUUCUGGCCAUUCACGCCGGAUGUAGAUGCGCAGAUCAUGAACUAUAGCAGCCUACUAUAUGGCGCGGCCAUGAUUUUCAGUGUGGCAUUCUAUUUUCUGCGCGCGAGGAAAACGUACACGGGUCCUGUGUAUGAGCUGAAUGAUUAG